AUGCAGCCUGCCCCCUCCAACCUCUCCUCCUUCCGGCCGGCCUCUUUCCUGCUCCUGGGCAUCCCCGGCCUGGAAUCGCUGCACGUCUGGCUGGCUCUGCCCUUCUACUCCAUGUACUUGAUGGCCCUGCUGGGGAACUGCACGAUUCUCCUGGUCAUCAAGACAGACCCAAGUCUGCACCAGCCCAUGUACCUCUUCCUCUCCAUGCUGUCCCUCACUGACCUGGUGCUGUCCACCUCCGCCAUGCCCAAGAUGCUGGCCAUAUUCUGGCUGGGCGCCAGGCGCAUUGGCUUUAGUGCCUGCCUGGCCCAGAUGUUCUUCAUCCACUCGUUCACUGCCAUGGAGUCCGGGUUCUUCCUGGCCAUGGCGUACGACCGCUAUGUGGCCAUUUGCAACCCCUUGCAGCACACCACUACCCUCACAGGAGCCCGCAUUGCAGUGAUUGGCGGUGCAGUGUUGGCACGAGGCGUGAUGUUCUUCUCCCCGCACCCAUUCCUGGUGAGCCAGCUUCCCUUCUGCAACUCCAAAGUCAUUGCCCACAGCUACUGUGAGUUUAUGGCCGUGGUGAAACUCGCCUGUGCAGACACGGCCGUCACAAAGGCGUACAGCCUGACCGUGGCAUCCCUCAUUGGAGCCAUUGAUGUUCUCUUCAUUGGGAUGUCCUAUGGGCUGAUCUUGCGCACUGUCUGCCACCUGCCCUCCAAAGAGGCUGGCCUGAAGGCCCUGGGGACCUGUGGGUCCCACAUCUGUGUCAUCCUUAUUUUCUACACCACAGCUGUCUUCACCUUCCUCACCCACCGCUUCAGCCACGGCAGCAUCCCACAUCACGUCCACAUCCUCAUCGCCAACAUCUACCUGCUGGUGCCACCAACGCUGAACCCCAUUAUCUAUGGGGUGAGGACUAAACAAAUCCGGAGGCGGCUGCUCCGGCAGAAGAGAGGCUUGGAGAAACCCUGCCACAGUGUUGGGGAAGGGGGUUCUAUCUUGCUGCUCCCCUUUGGAGGGCAGGGGGACCUGAUCAGGGCCGUGUUGAGCUGCGCACAGGGGACGGCCCUCCCAGGCAGACAUAGGGGGCUGUCAGGGGCUGAGGGUUUCACGUGCCUCCUGGCAAAAGCAGUGCAACGUAUGCUCAGAGGAGGGGAGCGGCAUGCUGUCAAGGUGGUUGCCACCUUCCUGGGCUGCCUCCGUGCCUCGGACGAGGCAGGCUGCUGCCAACGCGCCCUCCCCUCCGUGCUCAGGCCCUUCCUUGCCGCCGCAUCUGCCGUUCUGAGAGCAGACAGGCCUGGCCGAUGCCCCUGGGCCAGCCCUGGUUGUCAGAGAUCCGGUCCUGGCGUGAAGCAACGCUUCCCAUCCGGAGGGGACAGUUUGGAAGCAGAACGUGAAGCUCCAUCUGAGGACGGCUCUGGCCAUGUGCUGGCUGGCCAGGCUGAGAACCUGGGAGGAAAUUCCCACAGCCGGUCUGGAGCCACUGCUGGGCUUGGUGGUCAGUCCCCACAACCGACCCACGCAAAGGGCUGA